GCGCUGUCAUCUGGUAUCAUCACCAGUGGGUCGGUCAGCAUUCAAGGUGCGCAAUGGCCGACAGCAAACUCGGCUGGUAUCGUGCCUGCUCCCACAGUCUAUGGUCAUACCCAGGCUCAGCAGCAACAAUGGCCUCUAUUACAGACUGUCCCGGACCAGAGGGUCUAUGAGCACGAAAGUACUCAGGCCGAACAACCGACGGAUUUUUCUCUCUAUGCGCAAGGCAACCGACGACCUAGUGUCAAGAAGAAGGCAGCGAAGGUCCCAUCAUCGUACGUUGAGAGGCAGGAGAAGAUGAAAGUCUCAAAACGCAAGGGUCCAUUACAGGAGAAGCAACGAGAGAAGACGCAUACAAUGCGCAAAACGAAAAGAAUCUGCGUUCGUUGCAGAUUCUACAAAUCGGGGUGCGAUGAAGGGGAUCCAUGUCAGAAGUGCAAUAAGAUUGAAGGGCAUGCUCGGUCUUUCCGCGAGCCUUGCUACAGAGAGCAUCUGGAGGACACGAGCAUCAUUCGUCGAUGCAAUGGUCGCGAGCAACAGGAAGAAGCUGAGUUCCUAGGGUAUGAUUGGAAACCCGGAAGCCAGCUCUGGGAGAUGGACAUAUUGUGGAAUCUGCCGGGCUAUGGCCGCAUACCUAACGCUCAACCUAUGCGUGUCGCCUUCCGUCCAUACAGUCCGAGACGAGGAUCACUUGACACAGCAACCUCGGUAUGGACCACCAAAGAAGGUGACGUCUGCGCGGUUGAGCAGCCAGCAUACGCUAUUUACGACACUGCAAACUUGGUUUCCGCCUUUGAACGUUACUUCUCGAGCCUUCAGCCCGCCAUCGAAGCCUGGAUUUUCGACCGUAUCCAACAUGACGAAAUCGCCACACAUACAUAUCGAGAAGUGUUCCGGAUGCGUAGUGUUCAUGGCUCACGAGCUCUUGAUCUGGCUAUGCGGCUGCAGUGCCUCUCAGUUGUGUCUCAGGGCUACGGUACAGUCUGGUCCAACAACAUUCCGGGGAUACAAGAGUACGACUACCGUCAUCUGGGACGAAGCGACUAUGAAGCAUAUGAUCGAAAUUCGCGCGAUCGACCGUUGCCUGGCGCUAUCACGCACCAGAUGGACGUUGCUGCUGUGAAGUACCUGCGCAAGCUGGAAAAACUGUUCGUGAAGGAGUUGGCGUCCUUGAUCUUCAAACCCAAAAUCAAGCCGUGGUACGAGCUCUUUCUGACGUUCUACGUCAUCUUCUGGAAUCUCGAAUACAUCAACAAAGGAGCGAAAGGCUAUAUGAAAGCAAAGAACGGCACUCUCAUCGAACACCAAGUCAACAAUGUAGUCAACAACCAAGUCAAGAAAUGGGAGUUUGCAUUCCCAGUCCUGCUGUACCACUGGCGUUGUACAUUACGUGGUUACUCGCCCUUCAAGCUUGCGCGCGAUAAUCCAGAUGAGUUGCGUGAGCGUGGGCAUAUUGAUGCAGAAGGGUUUGCAUACGUUACAGAAAUAGCGAAGAUCUUUGACAGACUUAGUCCUGAUCGAUUUCAGCCACCACUCACUGGAUUUUCUGCAACACAUCAUUCGUUCGUAAGCGAAUGGAUUACCAAACUGUUCAAAGAAGCUGGAGCUUAG